UGCCAUAUAGUUUGUCUUGUUCUCAAAUUUUUAUAUUACCCAUUGAUUUGUAUGUUGUUUAACAAUGAUCAGGUUUUGUAUUCCACCGGGAUUGGUUCAGUAGAGUGGGCUGAAACAAAUGUUAAAAGUAAUCCACAUGUUUCUGAACUUGUUGAAAUUCAAAAGGUAGAUAGUACCUCGAAUACUUUGUCUACAGAAUUACAUGACGGUGUAGCAGUCGAUAGUGAAUCCAAGAAUUCAGAUGAUAUGGAUGGUAGGGCGGUAGGGCCACCCUCACCCUCAUCCUCAUUAAAGGAGACAGUCUACUUGGAGAAGAGAUAUCAUGGUCCUCCCAUAGUUUUUGACGUUGUCAAAGAUGGUGUGAAAUUCGACUUUUGCAUGUGCAAUCCUCCAUUUUUUGCAAGCAUGGAUGAAGCAGGAUUGAAUCCAAAGACUUCUUGUGAUGGGACUCCUCAGGAGAUGGUUUGUCCUGGUGGGGAGAGGGCAUUUAUCAGUCGUAUGAUUGAAGAUAGCACCGUCUUGAAGCAGACUUUUCGGUGGUAUACUUCAAUGAUUGGAAAGAAAUCAAACCUCAGCUUCCUGAUAUCUAAACUAUGGAAAGUUGGAGUGACAGCUGUCAAGACUACAGAAUUUGUCCAAGGCCAAACUAGCCGGUGGGGACUCGCUUGGUCUUUUAUGCCCGCAGCACGGAAGAUUAUUUCCACUCAUUUCACUAACAAGAGUGUCUUGUCUUUCAUGCUCGAGGGUCUCUUGCCACAAGUUAAUGCCAUGAGUAUACUGCAAUCAAUUGAACAUUUUCUUAGUACCGGUGGAGCUUCUUGUAAACUGAGCACUUCUUCAUUUACUGUAGAUAUUACAGCAUCUGAGGAUCAUUGCCAAGCAAUUCUCAAGAAUGGGGCCGACCAGGUGGACAAAGGUGCUGGUUGUGUAACUGUGAAAGAAUCAGAGUCUCAACCCUCAAAUAAUCUGUGUUUCCGAGUUUCGGUCUUUCAGCAGAUCCCGGGCACGCUCCUUGCGAAAGGCUCCUUGCAUCAUUCAAGUAGUGCUUCUGCAGGCAUGUUCUCACUGAUUUUUCACCGAUUAGAGGAAUUCCUGAAAGUUGAAUCUUGUAGAGAAAAGGGGUCAUAGAGAUCCCUCUGCCUCAACAAACAAUACUUGUUAAGCUCCAUGAUGAGGGAGAAGACUGUGGUCCGGUCCCUAGUCCCCCCGGACCCCAAUCACUGUGCUAAUUAUCGACCAUAAUUAAUUUUUGGAGCUUUUGAAGCUUGAAUCGAAUCUGUAAGAACAGGCAGUGUGUUGUACUAUUACUCGUUUGUUUUCUAUAUGUAGCACAUAAACAAGCGCAGAAUUUUCCAAGUUUCUAAUAGAAGACAUUGCUAGAUCUUUAUGAACUUCAUUUCUAUUAA